AUGUCAGGAGGGUAACAGAGGAAUAGCUCGCUAGCAAUCUUUUUCUUGAUAAAGUUAAAUAGUUUUCCACGAUUUGUGUUCGCUGUCAUGUGAAAUACAAAGAGCAUGGAUGUAUCAAGACUGACAAACAUCGGACGUCAUAUCUUUCGCGUGUGGAGUGUCCCUUCUCUGGUGAUGGAAGUCAUGUCAAGCUAAAAGGACUCAGGAAUUUGGAUUUGCCCUGUCUGCUAACUGUGUAGCUGUAACGUUACAACGCUUCCCCUGUCCCAGUUAAUAUGACGCGACUUGCCCUUGAUCAAGUGACAGAUUUCGGAGAUUUUACCAGAGGUAAAGAUUUGAAUGAGUUUUUAAAACAAACGUUUACAAACAAUUCUUCAAGGAAUGGUUUGUCCGAUAUCAGGGUCAGUCCUGAUGGACGCCACAUCCAUGUUAUUCUUCGUAAGCCGAAGAGUGGUCUCAUGACAUUUGACAAAUUCCAAAGACCACAUUUAAUACAGUGUCAGAAGUAUCUGGAUUUAUCAUUAACUAAAACCUCGCCGGUCGUUGACGUUGUGUAUCUGGAUAACAACAAAGAAAGUGGGGUAGCGGUUCUCACUGUGGUAUUCGAGAAUGGCAAGGCGGAAUUCUGGAAAUUUUGGGAGCGGAAAUCUGGCUGGCAUUUAAUACAAACUGUGGAUCUAUGCAACAGCCCCAGAGCCCGAGUGGUAUCUGUGUGCGUCAGUCUGAAUUUCAUUGCAUGGUGCGAGGAGAGGCCUCCGUCGGAAAACUCAUCAGUGCUCGGCCCCAAUCGCAAUAACUUCAGGUACUGCAUCUGUAAAAGAACCUUUGAAGUGGACGAAGGCGGUGUCAGCCUGGGAGGGGUUAAAAUUGCACUGCACAACAACCCCCGUUACACCGUCACCAGCUCGGGCGAGAACGUUUAUCUGUUUGCAGCUGACAACAAGGACAAUCAAUCUCCGGGGACGGUCAGUAAAUUUUUCCUGACGUGGUCACCCCAAAAUGACGUAUUCAGAGUCAGCUCCACCUGCGGUGGUGCCCUCCUGCAGAGGUCAUCUGUUCCCCACCGCGAGUCCGACUUCAAGGGCCUGGUCACCGACUGCAUAGGCGCGCUGUCCAACAUCAGCCCCCCCUCCGUCUGUGGCCAUGCCUCGGCGAGGAACAGCGGCGGCCUGCUCAUGCUCCUUAGCUCGGGCUGGGUGUGCGAGAUGCAGAAGGACGGCGUUCUCCGCCAUAUCUACAAGCUGCCGGACAACUGUCAGGCCAGCACCUGGACCCACACCAGCCUGAGCGUGUACCACGACGUGCUGGCGCUGACCGUGGGCAAGACGCUGUACCUGAUUGACACCAAGUGCGGCCGGGAGCUGGAGAAGAUCUCCCUGAAGGUGGAGAGCCUGCUGUUCGUCAACAGCCUGGAGAGCCACACCCCGCACCUGCUCUCCGACUCCGGCCUGUUCGUGGUGAUGCGCAGGGACACGGCGGCGGACCUCAAGAACAAGCCCUCCCCUUCCUCCUCCUCUUCCUCCCCCUCCACGCUGGUGAGUGCUGAUGCGGUGUUGGUGGAGGCCGUGUUCGAGGAGGCGUGCAAGUACUACCAGCAGAGGAGCCUGGGCAGCACCCAGCUCACUGCCGAGAAGCUGAAGAAAGGCGGCAUGUUCCAGGCGCCUCUCUCCCUCGCCUCCAUCCUCAGGGACUACCUCAGCGGCCAGAAGCCUGCUGACAUAGCCAAAGGCAUCAGCGGUGGCGGCAGCGGGGGCAACGACAAGCUGCUGUGCUCUCUGGAAGAGGAGCUGAAGAGCCUGGUGGGGCUGGAGGACACCAAGCUGACCCUGGUGAGGGCCUCGGAGAAGGACCUGGAGGACCUGGGCGAGAGCCUGGUGCAGCAGGAGGUGGGCAGGCUGCUGGGCUCCGAGGUGGACCGUGACAGCCUCAUCCAGCUCAACUUCAUCUUCCAGACGUUUCCGGAUGAGGCCUGGCGCGCGCUGCAGUCGGCGCUCCAGCUGCGCUGCAACGGCGAGGGCUCGCUCUGCUCCAAGGCGCCCGCGGAGGUCUGGAAGUCCAUCCUGGCGCCCAUCCCCAGCGUCACCAGCUUCCACCAGCAGCCCCACCACGCCCAUCACCACCACCACCACCACCAUGCUCACCACCACCACAACGGCCAACAGAGCAAGCAGCAGGCGGCGGCACCCCCGCCGGUCAACGUGGCCCUGCCCGUGUUCGAGCUCCUGUGCCACUCGGUGUUCCGCUUCCAGCCCGGCUGGCUGCCGCGCUUCCUGGAGCUGGCCCAGGACCAGGCCGGCUCCUCCUCGGCCGGCUCCUCUACCUGGAGCUACGGCGUGGUCAAGGAGACGCCCGACGACAGCCUGCCGCUGUACCGCCGGGCGCUGAGCAUCCUGCCCGACGCGGGCGGCGGGCACCAGUACCAGGACCUGGAGGUGGAGCUGCUGCUGUGCAGCCGGCGGCCCAACGCCGUCAUGCAGGCCCUGCGCAUCCUCAUGGGCACCGGCCAGUGGGAGAGGGCCACGCGCGUGGCCGAGCGCUUCUGCCGCCAGAGCCCGCUGCUCAACAAGGAGAUCUUCACCACGCUGCUGUGCGAGGUGGCUCACCACCGGCACCUGGACCCGUACCUGGAACUGCUGUGGGCGCUGUGCCCAGAGGACAUCACGGUGACGAGCAUACUGAACAUCGUGCUGAAGAACCUGCCGCCCACGCCCGUGCCCACGCCCUCCCCGUGCCCGUCGUCUGGUGCCGUCGGCUGCAUCGGCGGUGGGGUUUUUGGCAGCGGCGGCGUCAGCGCUGGUGGGUUUGGCAGCGGUAGUGGCAUCAGCGGUGGCGUGUGGGGUAUCGGCCAUAGCUCCCAUGGCAGCGGUAGCCCGCCCGCCGGCCCUUUCCCCAUUCACAGCAGCCAGCUGACCAUCGGGCUGCUGAAGCCGCUGCUGAACAAGGUGCUGCUGCGCGAGACCAAGCCCAGCCAGAGGUACGCCGACAUCCUGCAGUCGCCCACCUUCCCGCCGCCCACGCCCCCGCGGCAGGCCAAGGGGCUGCCCAGGCCGGCCACCGAACCCAUCUCCCUGCUGGACGCCCAGAAUCCAGCAGCAGCCCAGAUGAACCAGAACCAGCAGCAGCAGCUGGAGAAGAGCGGCUACACAAGGACUUCCUCUCCCUCCUCCAGGCCUCCAUCAUUUAUCAAUCCUGUUUAAUGUUGGGAUUUUUAUUGGUUUGUUUGUUUUUGCAGUUUUUUUAAAACCCUUUCA